UCCACCACUAAAAAAUCCAAAAUGGAAGAAAAUACACAAAUAGAACCCGUAGUUACUGACUUAUUUCAAGAAGAAUCCACAAGAGAAGUUACAAUUUCUACCGGUGGGCUAUUAGCAGAAAAUCUAGUGCCUGAAGGUGGUAAAGUAGUUUUAGGACAUAAGGUAAGGCAUCAGGUAGCAGUACCUCUAAAUUAUGCAUACACACCUAUCUCUCAACACGUAAGACCAAGUACACCAGCUCGAACAUACCCAUUCAAACUCGAUCCCUUUCAAGAGUAUGCAAUUUCUUGUAUAGAGCGUUCAGAAUCCGUUCUAGUGAGUGCCCAUACUUCUGCGGGUAAAACAGUAGUAGCAGAGUAUGCCAUUGCUCAAAGUUUAAAUAAUAAACAAAGAGUCAUAUACACUAGUCCAAUCAAAGCAUUAAGUAAUCAGAAAUAUAGAGAAUUACAACAUGAAUUUAAAGAUGUUGGUUUGAUGACCGGAGAUGUUACUAUCAAUCAAAGUUCUAGUUGUCUAGUUAUGACAACUGAAAUUUUACGUAGUAUGUUAUAUCGAGGAAGUGAGAUAUUACCUCGUGGUGUUGUGUGGGAAGAAACUAUUAUAAUGUUACCACAUACUAUUCACACUGUGUUUUUGUCUGCCACAAUUCCAAAUGCAAUGGAUUUUGCUGAAUGGAUUUGUAAAAUACAUCGACAGCCAUGUCAUGUUGUUUAUACAGAUUUUCGUCCUACACCUUUACAACAUUAUAUUUAUAUUAAUGGUUCAGAUGGGAUUUACUUGUUAGUUGAUGAAAAAGGUACAUUUCACGAAGAUGCUUUCCAGAAAUCAAUAUCAACAAUCAGAGAACCUCUCAAUCCAAAACCAAAAACUUUUAAUAAUAAUAACAACAAACUUAAAAGAAGUAGUGAUACACUUAGUACUUAUUCAAUAAUAAAAGCUUGCAUAAGUUCUAAUCUUAAUCCAAUUAUUGCAUUUGCUUUUUCAAAAAAGCAAUGUGAAUUUUUGGCAAUGCAAAUGAAUGAUGAAAAAGAAUUAAUAAAUAAAGUUGUAGAAAAUGCCAUUGAUUUGUUAGCUGAGGAGGAUCGUCAAUUAAAAUCGAUACAUAAUCUAUUACCAUUGUUAAAACGUGGUAUUGGUAUUCAUCAUUCAGGAUUAUUACCUUUCUUGAAGGAAGUGGUUGAACUUUUAUUCCAAGAGGGCUUGAUAAAGGUCCUAUUUGCCACAGAAACGUUUUCAAUGGGCUUAAAUAUGCCUGCAAAGACUAUAACGUCUGGAGAAUAUAUUCAAAUGUCUGGUCGUGCUGGUAGAAGAGGCCUUGAUGACCGUGGUAAUGUAAUUAUGAAUAUCGAUACUGAAAGUCAUUUCAAAGUUAUCAAGGACAUGGUUAAGGGAGAACCUGACACUUUAUUGUCAGCAUUUCAUCUAAAAUAUCAUAUGAUAUUAAUGAUGUCAAGAAUUGAAGGUAUAAGUCCUGAAUACAUGUUACAAAAUAGCUUUUAUCAAUUCCAAAAUACUUUGCCAAUUCCUCGACUACAAGCAGAAUUGAAAAAAGUGACGGAAGAAAUAGAUAAUUUAGAGAUAGAAAAUGAGGAAUCAGUGGCGCAAUACAAUUCACUUGUUAAACUUAAAGAAGAAAUGACUGAUGAAUUUAAUGAAUACACCUUGGAUCCAAGACACUGUCUACAAUUUCUAAAUUUUGGUAGAUUGAUAUUGGUGAAAUAUAAUAAUGUGAAUUUUGGUUGGGGUAUGGUUGUUAGAAUAGAAGAAAUAAAACAAAAAAGGAAUGAGAAAAAUCCACUGGGCGUAAAACAAAGAGCACAACUUGAUUCACAAAGUUCUAGAGAAAUAAUUUAUAAAGUGAGAGUGUUGUUACGAUGUUCUAGUGAUUCAUUUGCUAGUUAUGAUGGUAAAAAAGUUAAUAUCAAGCCAUGUCCAAAAAAUACAAAAAAUGGUAUUAUGUUGGUUGUUCCGAUAGAACUUAACAACAUACAAAAAAUUAGUCAGAUACGUCUUCAUCCUGAUAAAAAUAUUGAACAUGAACCUUCUAUUAUGAAUGUGGCUUAUGAUAGUAUUAAAACCAUUCUUGCAGAACAUCCAAAUGGUGUACCAUUGGAUCCAAUAAAACAUAUGGAAAUCAAAAGCGAAAGAUUUUCAUUAUUAUAUAAUAAAAUGAGGCUAAUUGAAGAGAAUAUUAAGAGACAUCCAGUUGAUCAAGACCCAUCAAUAAUAGAAAAAUAUGACAAAAAAUUAAAAUUAAUAGAAGAGAGUAAAUCAUUAAAAAACAAAAUUCGUGAAGCAGAAUCGAUUCUCCAACUUGAUGAGCUUAAAAAAAGAAAACGUUUAUUACGUAGAAUGGGCUACUUAUCGGAGAGUGACGUGGUUGAGUUCAAAGGUAGAAUAGCAUCUGAGAUCACAUCGGGGGAUGAAAUAGUUUUAACAGAGCUGUUGUUGAAUGGUGUUUUCAAUGAUUUGUCAGCUGAAUCAGCGGCUGCACUACUUAGUUGUUUUGUGAUUGAUGAGAAAGUGGAUGAAAUGGACGUUAAACUUCGAGAAGAAUUCAAUACGCCAUAUAGACAAGUUUUAGAAACAGCUAGAAUUGUGGCCGAGAUUACUGCAGAGUGCAAUAUUGCUAUUGAUAAAGAAGCAUACUUGGGAAGUUUUUCGCCUGUAUUGAUGGAAAGUGUAUUUGCUUGGUGUAAUAAUGCGUCAUUUUUAGAGACAUGUAAAAGAGUAAACAUGUAUGAAGGAAACAUAGUUAGAAAUUUUAAAAGUUUGGAUGAAUUAUUACGAGCAAUGGUAUUAGCAGCUAAAUGUAUAGGAAACAUUGAAUUAGAAAAUAAGUUUUCUCAAUCAAUCGAAAAAAUUAAGAAAGGGAUAAUUUUUGCUGCUUCAUUAUAUCUUUAA